AACGUACGGCCGCGCCGGGCGCCUGACGGGGCGGGGAGCGGAGCCCGCGCCGCCCGCCGUCCCUGCCCAGCCGCGCGUUGCCGCGGCGCCGGCCCGGAAAAUGAUCCACAGCCUGUUUCUUAUAAACUGUUCUGGUGAUAUAUUCUUGGAGAAGCACUGGAAGAGCGUUGUGAGCCAAUCUGUGUGCGAUUAUUUCUUUGAAGCUCAGGAGAAAGCAAUUGAUGUUGAGAAUGUGCCUCCUGUCAUCUCAACUCCACACCACUACCUCAUCAGCAUCUAUCGGGAUAAAAUCUUCUUUGUGUCUGUAAUACAGACAGAAGUGCCACCCCUCUUCGUAAUUGAAUUUCUGCACCGAGUAGCAGAUACUUUCCAGGAUUACUUCGGCGAAUGUUCUGAGACGGCAAUUAAGGACAAUGUAGUAAUUGUGUAUGAACUUCUAGAAGAAAUGCUAGACAAUGGCUUUCCACUGGCAACAGAAUCUAACAUACUAAAGGAGCUGAUUAAGCCUCCCACAAUUUUGCGCUCUGUUGUCAACUCCAUCACAGGCAGUAGUAAUGUGGGAGAUACACUUCCCACUGGACAGUUAUCCAACAUUCCUUGGCGCAGAGCGGGAGUAAAAUACACGAACAAUGAAGCCUAUUUUGAUGUCAUCGAAGAAAUUGAUGCGAUUAUAGACAAAUCGGGUUCCACAGUCUUUGCAGAAAUCCAAGGUGUUAUUGAUUCGUGUAUAAAGCUCUCAGGAAUGCCAGAUCUUUCUCUGUCUUUCAUGAACCCACGGCUGCUGGAUGAUGUCAGCUUCCACCCGUGUAUUCGGUUCAAACGCUGGGAGUCUGAGAGAGUCCUUUCAUUUAUUCCUCCCGAUGGGAAUUUCAGACUGAUCUCCUACCGCGUCAGUUCCCAGAACUUGGUGGCAAUUCCUGUAUAUGUGAAGCACAUGAUCAGCUUUAAGGAAAAUACUUCUUCAGGAAGAUUUGAUGUUACCAUUGGACCAAAACAGAAUAUGGGAAAAACAGUAGAAGGAGUUGUCAUGACAGUUCACAUGCCAAAGGCUGUACUUAACAUGAACCUCACUGCUACACAAGGCAGCUAUACAUUUGACCCAGUUACUAAAGUGCUAACAUGGGAUGUGGGCAAAAUUACCCCUCAAAAGCUACCAAAUCUGAAGGGCAUAGUGAACCUGCAGUCUGGAGCCCCCAAGCCAGAGGAGAACCCAAGUUUAAAUAUCCAGUUUAAGAUACAACAGCUUGCAAUUUCAGGACUGAAAGUGAAUCGUCUAGACAUGUAUGGAGAAAAAUACAAGCCUUUUAAAGGUGUCAAAUAUAUUACAAAAGCAGGAAAAUUCCAAGUCAGGACAUGAGAAGAUGCUAAGAGGAAAUUCCCCUUAAAAAAACUUGACUGCUUAGUGACUUAUGUUGGUUAGGUGCCAAUUAAUUAAUAGACACUGAUUAGUUUGGGAUCAAAGCAUUUGUGCACAGCAGCUCUUAUUAAGAAAGCAUAGCUUAGUUUUUCUUAAUAUGCUUUAAAAUAAGGUACUUUUUUUCUAUUACACUUACACUCUUUUUUUACUGAAUUGUUGUGCUGUUGAAUAGUUUGAUAUGGGCAAUCCACAAAAUGUUGCAAACACUACACUGCCAGGCAGAUACCAAAGCCCUGAGGUCAAGCACAUUCUGAAGGCCAGACAGGCCACUGGAGAAGUCUGCUGGUGGCAUGCUUUGCUGCUGCAGCUGCCUGCAGAGAAAGCUCAGUUCUACCCACAGCCAGCUGCAAGCUGGCAUUCCACAAAGCAGCACAUAAUCCUUUCAGAAGUAGAGAGCAGCAGUGAGAGGGGCAGGGGUCCCCCCAGGGCCUGGGACAUUGCAAGUGUCACUCCUGAAAAAGCUUCUGAUGAAGUAAAAAAAUAAUUUCUAUGUUGUUUACAAGAAAUCGCCUUUCUUAAGAAGCAUUUGCCUUAAUCAGCUUUCAUUUCUGCCAUCUGCAGAUGAGCUGAUAAAAAUAACAUCCUGCAUUAAAUCUGGGAGGUGAUUGUUGCUUCAGUAAUCCACUUUCUUUCCAUUCAAUCUCAUCAUCCCCACCAUUUUUUUUAAGAAUACAGUUGCAGAGAGUAAGAUCUAUUUUUUAUGUGAAGCCUUUGCUUUGAUUUAGAUGUUCCACUUGUUAGAAUUGGAUGCCACCAGAUCUGUGCAGUGUGUACCUUCGAGCGUAGCUUUUUAGAUAGCACAAUAGAAGUGUUAAGUGUAUUUAAUGAUUGUGUGCUUUAAUGUUCUGAAAUAAAGGGAACUCUACUGC